GACGUUGGCGACACUUCGAGACGGCAGUGAAGUGGUUCCCCCGCACGCUGAAGCGGCAGGACAGGGACCUAGCGGCGAACAGGAUCAUCGGUCGCAUGCUACAGAGUAAGACGAUAGCCAUACGGACGUUUGCGACCACCCUGGAUCCAGAUAGAUAUGAGAAUCCGAACGGCCACCUCCUCCUCCUAGACGACCUGAGGAACAGUCCACUGGGAAAGCUACCUAUCCCGGACGCGGCCCACAAGAUUAAGCACUACUACAAGGACUUCAAGCGGCGCAAAGGCGAGACAGUGGGCGCGCUCCUGAUCCGGGAGCAGGACUGCUACUCAGAGAUGGUCCAGGCGCUGGAGCGCCUCUUGGAGGAGAUGGGCGACAAUGACAAGUACAAGCAGUGCCAGGAGUGCUACGGCUACUUCGACAGAGACCGUGGCGCAGCCGGACGUGGACAAUGGUACUGCCAGAGGUGCUGGGACCACUGGGAACCCAGCCCCGACGCGCCGACGCCCUCGGCAGCAGAGGACGCCCCUGCCGAGGAAGCAGAAGAAGCAGAUGAGUAUGAACGACAGUCGAUGACGUCUCGCUCGCAGGGCUCUCGAACGGAUCGAUUUCACCGACAAGAAUCCAUGGCGAGCAAGCUCAAGGUUUCGGAAGCAAUGGCAGUGGGCUCCACAUUCUUCGGCCACGCUUCUGGAGUCCUGAAGGUCCUCCGCGGUUUCUUCCUGCUCGAGGCGAUGGAUUUCACCGAGAAGGAGAAGCAGGACGUACGCGUGGUCACGCAGAACCGCUUGGAUUUCGAUGCAGUCUCCAAGGCUUUGAAGGAGAGAUGGGAGGACAAGGCGCUGGUGCAGCGGGACUUCGGACCAAGGGCUAUGCCUCGGUACGGCCCGGAGUCGAGCCCUCAGUCGGCCCUCGUUGCAGAGUUUGACGACGUACACGGACCUGACUGGUACGACGGCUACGCAGCGGCAGUUCAGGCGUGGGAGAACGACGGUUACGACCACCACGAGAACGAGGACGACUACGACGUCGUGGAGGAGCCGCAGCUCGCCUCAGAGCAAGAGGAGUCCGAGGCCAUGGACGAGGAUCUCAACCAUCUCAACGAGGAGCUCGAGGCGGCCCAGGCGAUGGCAGCAGAGGGCAGCAAGGGCAGCAAGGGCGGCAAAGGCAGCAAGUACCGCGACAGGGACCACGACCAGAAGGGCAAGAAUGCGAACUACCUGGAGUUCCACACGAUCACGCACGGGUUUGACGAGCUCCAGGGUCUGUACCAGGCGGAGCUGAACGACAGCGGCCUCGCCCCUUCUGAGGCCAUGGUUGAUUGCGGGGCUUCCGCGUCCGCCGGAGGCGAGCGCGCAGUCCAGGCCCUGGUUGCCGCCGUUGCGGCUGCGAACCCACAGGCCAGGAUCGAGAUCAACGAAAAUGAAAGACCGUGGUUUCGUUUCGGAGACAAUAAGUGGGGCAGAGCACUGUAUAAGGUUUCGGUCGAGUUCGAGCCGGGCUUCGUUCUGGGCAUUUUCGCUCUUAGUCCUGGCGUGCCUCUCGUUCUGUUGGGAAUGACCGCUCUGGAGUCGUGGCCGGCAAUCGUGAAUUUCCGAACCGGGGAGGCUGUGAUCAGGGGUCAACUGGUGCAGCUUCGCAAGACUCCAGGCAAGGGCCAUUGCAUCCUCGACCUGGUGAAGCACGGCAAGGACGAAUGGGUACCUGUCGACAUAGAUGCCGACAAGAAGGAGGAGGGCCCGGAGGUAAAGUCACCUUCGGCGGCAGCGAGCUCCGGACCUACGACCCAGGUCAAGCGGGAGUUCGUCUUCAACGGCCAGAAGAUGGAGUAUGUUACCUCGGAGGGCAAGGUCAAGGAGAGAGACCCGGGCAACGCGCACCAGGGUCGCAAGAAAGAGAAGCAGAUGGAGCUGGACCCGGCGUUCGCACUGCAGGUGGACCCCCGCGAUCCGAGGACCACACGGGGACCGUGCGGGCAGACGCAUCGCAAGUACUUCACGGUCAACAACCAGUGGGGCCAGACCAGGACAUGCUAUCGGUGCGGGCUGAGGUUGCUCUACGUCCCGACGGCGAAGGCGCCGAUGACGAACCUCAGCAUGCAGCAUCCGAAGUUGGUGGAGUCCGGCCUGGAGUUGGUGCGGCACUGCAACCUGUGGGAGACGGCCAAUCACGAGCAGGUGACUGCGAUGAUCAACAUCGCCACCUCUCUUCGGAGGCUUCCCGGGACCGAGAUCCGCCACGCGCCGGACGCGCUGCUGGAGAUGCUGGGGGCAGCGAAUCCCAGGUCACUACUCGCAGGACUGGCUUUGGCCAUGACCGUGGGUACGAUCACCGAGGCGGUGGAGAUCUGCUGCCAUCCCAACAGCAUGCUGACCGACGAGUGCACCAACAUCGGCCUCAGCAUGGAGCGGAUCAGCAUCGAGAACGGUUACAACCUCAGCACGAAGGCGGGGUUCGAGGCCGCUAGCAAGAAGCUGGACGAGGUGAUGCCGAAGCGGGCUUGGAUAUCGCUACCAUGCACGCUAUGGACUUCGCUUACGAACUUCAACUACAAGACCCCAGAGGCACGUGCACGCCUAGAGAAAGAUCGACUUCGAGACCGACGACGUGUGAAGUAUGGAGUUCUCCUGUUGCUAAAGAUUGUUGACAACGGAGGAGAGGUCUACUUCGAGUGGCCCCACAGGUGUCAAGGCUGGAAGAUUCCCGAGCUCAAUUUUCUUCGUAUGGAAUUGAGGCGUCGGGGACGACACGUCUUCGAAGAUCGGAUCGACGGGUGCAUGUACGGCCUCAGGGACUACAACACUAACGAGCUCGUCGAGAAGGGCUGGAGGAUCAUGACCACCGACCCGGAGUUCUCCAAGGUCGCGACCGUGUGUGACCACUCACACGGCCACCGAGUCAUCAGCGGGAAGCUGCACACUGCAGCCACGGCCUACUACCCGCAGGCGAUGUGCAAGGCAAUCGCCCGGCUAUGGCAUGCUCAACUCCGGACCCCAAUCGACCUCAACAUGGCCCUGGAGAACCCUGCUGUCCUCGACCUCGAGAAUGCCUACCUGAUGGAGCGGGACACCGGGAGCAUCUACGUCGCUGAGCCCACGGAUCUCGAAAGGGAACAGGUUCGAGCAAUGUUGAGCAAGAUACACAAGGCUGCAGGGCAUCCAGGUAACGAGCACUUGGCUUACUGGUGCAAGAAGCGACAGUGUCCACGCUGGAUCAUCGAAGAAGCGAUCAAUCUUCGCUGCGAGGCAUGCGACUUAGUCAAGCACGGCGUUACCCACAAGGUCAAGGCGAGCCUCGACAUCCCCAUGGCACCUUGGCAGGCAGCCGUCAUGGACGUUUCCGACCUGACGUUCCCGGACUUGAAUGUGAAGGCCAGGUUUCUCCUCAUCGCAGAGGUCGCCACCGGCCUGAUGUGCGGGGACAUCACUGCGAAGAUCGGCCUCAAGGAUAAGGGCACAGAUUCGUCAGCUACGCUGUUCACGACGUUUGCCAGAGCCUACCUUCAACACUAUCCCAAGCCAAGGUGGGUUUUCGUCGAUCCUCAGACCUCUUUUGUGGGUGGCGAGUUUAAAGACAACUGCCAGUUGGCCGGCAUCGGCGUCUCAGCGAAACCAGGAGGAGCACAUUGGAUGGCUGGCGACAUCGAGCGCCGCAUCUCGACCGUCAAGCAGGCAAUGAGGAAGCUUCGCCUACAAUACCCCAAGCUGAGCCCCGAGACCGUGUUUUACAUCUCGAUUGCGGCGGCCAACAACAUGGACAACAUCAAGGGCUACACGCCGAUGCAGUGGGCUUUCGGGUUCUCUCCCACCGAGGACCCAAUCUUGGCGCAUAACGCAGCUACUGGCAAGUUGAAGUCCGACUUCUUCGAGAUCGAGCGGGUACGAGCGGAUGCAGAGGCGACUUACCUGAAGGAGAAGGCGUCCAGGAAGAUCUCAGAGCUGAAGAACUCAGCCCCACGACCUCGACAUGAAUAUAAGCGAGGCGACUGGGUCUGUGUCUGGCGGUCGUACGCUGCGACAGGGAAGCGAAAGCUUUCCGGACAGGAUUUCUUCACGGACGGCCUCUUCAUCGGACCGGGCAGAGUACUGUUCUCCGAGCCGGCGGUCCAGACAGGCAACAAGGACGGCGUGAUCUGGGUCAUCAUGGGCAACCGAUGCUGGCGCUGUGCAGCUGAGCAACUGCGGCCAGCCACGCAGUCGGAGAUCGUCCAGAUCAACCUGAAGAAGGACGACAUCCUCAACAGUCCGCUCGAGGACGUCUGGAGGCACCUCCAGGACUUUGACGACAUCGCCGGGGAGCCCUCCCCAACGGCAGAUGGCAUGAGGAUGCUACCACGUCAACCUCUUGAGGGCAUGCCGAGGGUGAUCGAGAAUCCCGAUGUGGCCGUGGAACCCCACGACGUCACGGAGGCAGAUGACGACCUGGAGGUCGACGAGGACAACUCAGCACCAGAAUGGACCUUGAUGAAGAUUGAGAUCGAGACGGACCUGGAGGAGUUCUGCUUCGAUGCGAGCGCGUACCUGGAGAAGCAGCUGAACCGAGUGGCCAACAACACGGUCAAGAAGGGUGUGGAGGUUUCGUUUGGCCGCCUGAGCCCCGAGGAGAAGCCACUGUUUCAAGAGGCAAUGGCACGGGAGCUGGCGGAACAUCUGGAAGUACCGACAGUCCGGGCUGCAUCGGCUUACGCUGACUACAAUCGUGGAAAGGACAUUCCAGCGGACAAGCUGAUCAAGAUGAGGUGGCUACUGACCUGGAAGCCUUUGACACCACCUGAACCACCGGACAAGUCGGACCCACACCCCGUGAGCACGCCAGACGGGAAGUUCAAGGCGAAGGCCCGUAUCAUUCUGUUGGGCUUCUCACAUCCAGACCUUGUCAGUCGGGACAAGUUCGGAGAUCGGGUACUUCCCACGGCGUCACCAACCAUUUCAAGAAAAGGGAAGCUGGCACUCCUCCAGAUGGCUGCUUUCCACGGCUGGACCUUCGAGCUAGCCGACGCGAAGUCCGCCUUCCUGCAGGCCGGGCACACCGAGGAGUGGAGGAAGCUCUACACGAAGGGCGUGAAGGAGCUCCGGCAGGCCUUGCAGAUCAACGAGGAGGAGUCCAUGAGAGUCUUGGCAGCGAUCUACGGGAUCACGAAUGCGCCGUGGGUUUUCUGGAAGUACGUGGACCACAAGAUCCACGAAGCAGGAGGCAAGAGCGUCCUCAUCGAGCCAUGCAUCUGGAUCAUUCAGGACCAGAACGGCACCGUGUGCGGGGUCAUUGGCUCGCACGUGGACGACUUUGGCAUCGCAGGCGACAGCGACAACAAGUUCUACCUCGACAUGAAGAACAUGCUGAAGGAGAUGCUGCGGUGGUCUCCAUGGCGAAGCACGCCAUGCAUGUGGGCAGGCAUGUGGAUCACCCAGGAGCCAUCGGGCAAGAUCCAUGCUAGCCAGGAGGAGUUCUGUCACCAGCUCCUCGAGAUCAGGGUCGAGUCCGGCAAGUACCUCUCGAAGGACGACAAGCUCAAGCCGGAGGACGUCACCCAGUUCAGGGCAGGCCUGAUGAAAUGCCAAUGGAGAGCGACACAGACAGCACCACAGUUCUCAUGUCGGGUGUCACUGUUGGCUCAACGGGUGAACGAGGCGACGUUCGGAGACCUGAAGGACACGAACGCCCUCAUACGCGAUGUGAAGCGGACAGCUCGUGAUUCCCUGGUGUUCCACAACUUCAAUAGCAACGGUGGCGGUAAGCUGAAGUGGGACGACUUAGUGAUCGUGACGUGGGUCGACGCAAGCAGACUACUACAACGAGGAGGUUACAUCGUGGCGUUCACCACGGCCGAGAUCCUCAAGCAGAAGGAAUGUGCAGUAUCGAUCGCCGACUGGAGAUCGUACAAGCUCAAGCGCACCGGCAUCGGCACCAACGGCUGCGAGGGACAGGCUCUGUACGACGGCGAGAACGCGGCGUACCUGAUGCGCAUGCUGUGGUCAGUCAUGCACGGAGUUCCAGUCACCGCGCACACUCAGGAGGAGGUGGCGCAAUCCAUGACCUCGGUGCUGGUGAUCGACAGCCGAGGAGUUUAUGAUUCAGUUCACAACAAGGAGAGUUUCGGCAUAGGCCUGAGCGAUGCGAGGACCGGCGUGGAGGUUCUACAUGUGAAGGCGAACUGCGGGCCCGAGAAGAACCAGCACCUGGUUUGGGCCCCCUCGGACCUCAAUCUCACCGACGGCCUCACGAAGGACAGUCCCGAGGCAAGGAAGCCUCUGGCUCUGUGGCUUGCACGGCGUACCUGGAUCAUCAGGUACGAUGAGGACUUCAUGUCAGCCAGGAAGCGACAGCGAGCCAACAAACUCGCUCAGGACAAGCCGCAGGCAUCUACAGACGCUGAAGCCGAG